AACUUAUUUCAUAUGCUCAUUAAUUUAAGAUUUUUGUCACGUUUCCUUAUUCAUUACUCAAUUUCUUUUCUUUGUUAGCUUUCUCUCAAGUGAUUGGCUGUGGCUUGAUAUCCUCCGUGUGGCUGCGCUUGAUGUGCAUGUUGACAAGGUGCCUACCUGUCUAUUACCCACUACCUCGUCCAUACUGGCUCCAGGAGCCAGUUGGUCAUUGCUGGAGGGACCGGGUGCAUGGUUCGUGUGGCCGUGUUAAGAUCAAAGAGUGGUUCCAUGCACUCAGUGUGGAGCAGACUACGGUCCAGCCACCGCCUUGUGUACUCUUGAUUCCUCGAAUACAGCGUGCUUGUGUUUGUCUGUGAAGGAGUGUGGGCCGGCUCCGUUGAUGAAAACUGGCUCCCAUUCACAUGCCUGCCGGUCUUAUUCCUUCGGGUUUACACUGGAUAUGGGGUGUGUGGUUGGAGCUGUGGGUGGUGCAGCGCAAGCCAGCCAUGGUCCCUCUGUAGGCGCAGGCGUCCUGUGGCUGGCCACAGUGACAAGCAAAUCCGAAACCGGAUGCCGCCAACCAUAUAAUGUUGAGCAGGAGCUGCAUCUACUUCUGUUGAGAUAAGCUCUUUAGUUAUCUUGUUUAGUUCUGAAUUAUCCCUGCUCAAGUAUGCAGUUAGUAUAUGCGUACAUCACCUAUGGCUGCUGACCGCAUGCGGGUUUUCACUUUCUAGUUACUACCUUUUGCCAAGCGUUGUGUUCGCUUUUUCUUCUGUUUGCCCUGGCCUAAUUUGACGAGUUUUAGCCUGCUUGAUCAAGCGCAUACAAAUAUGUGCACUUCUCUAAAGUUCCUCUGCACCCAAUGUGCUAAUGGUGCUUAAUUACUCUGCUUCCAGUAUCUUACACACAUCGUAAGAUCCAGUCAGAGGACGGUAGUCCAUGAGGACACUUGAACAGUUUUUCUCUUCCUCCAACUUGUACAUUGAGUAACACCGAGAAGUGGCAAGCACCUGUUGUCUUGUUAAGCUAAAACAUAAAAUGAUGAGGAACCAUGUGUUCCGAACCUUAUUCUACUUUUCUCGUUGUUAAUUAAUACAUUUUAUUAUAAAGGUUUUUGCCAGCAGUAAUUCAAGCCACAAAUAAAUCGUUUUUUCGCUUUCUGUACUAUUACUGAGUGGCAUCUCACUACGGUAGUCCAUGGUACGAAUCACCGAAGAGCUUAUUCGCAAACGAGCAGAGCACAAUGAGGGAGAAGUUUUUUCCCUUGAAGAAUUGUCACUUCAUCAACAAAAUCUGGAACGAAUUGAACUUCUAGAUAAAUUAUGUCGGGAUCUAAAGAUCUUGUACUUACAGAAUAACCUCAUUUCAAAAAUUGAGAACGUUUCAAGGCUGAAAAAAUUGGAAUAUCUAAACUUAGCUCUAAACAAUAUCGAAAGAAUUGAAAAUUUGGAGGGUUGUGAGUCCCUGAAGAAACUUGAUUUGACAGUCAACUUUGUUGGUGAUCUUAUUUCUAUCGAAUGCCUUGUUGAUCUGUACGCAUUGGAGGAAAUCUACCUUACCGGGAACCCAUGUGCAGAUUAUCCACAUUACAGGCACUAUGUUAUCGCCACUUUACCACAAUUGCAGAAAUUAGAUGGAACCGACAUUUCCAAAUCAGAGAGAAUUGUUGCGCUGCAAAAUCUUGAACAGAUUCGUCCAGCUAUUAGAGAAUGUCAGGAGAAACAUUUCAGAAAAAGAAUGAAUGAGAAGAAUGAGGCAGCGAAUCGUCGUAAGAAGCUUCAGGACAAACUGGCCAAUUGUGAUGGUAGUGAACUCGACUCAACAGUAAAAGAGUUUUGGGACGAAAAAGUUCCCUUCACUCCCGAAUCCCGAGUGGAAACUCAUGAAUACAUGCAGAUGCAAGAAGAAGCGAAGACUAAGUACAAAGAGAGGGAGAAACCCAAGCGGAUGGCGCCGAGGUUGUUCGCAGAUGAUGGAAGACCACUGAACGUAAAUGAACCAAAAAUAUCGUUCAAACUUACAGAAGGGCAAGUAGAAGGACAAGACGCAUUUAUCUUGGAUGUUUCUGUGUAUCGUCACAUGGAGACUACCUUGUUGGACUGUGAUGUUCAACCCAAUUACGUCCGGGUCAGUUUGAAGAAAAAGGUUUUGCAAUUGGCACUCCCAGAGGAAGUCCAACCGGAUCGGUCCGAAGCGAAGCGUUCACAGACCACUGGACAUCUGGUGAUCACCAUGCCAAAAGUAACUCAGUUGCUAAGAGCCGCUUGCACCAGAACACAAAUGGAUUCACCCCGGGCGCAUCGUAACGCCGUCCAACGAAACAUGCGAGCAGGUGAUUCCGCGGAAUGUCCUGGCAAGCAGCCUUCCAAAUUGCUUCUCGAUGACGAGUGCAACACAGGUGUGAGAGUUGACUGGAAGUCGAUUGUCAGCCCAAAAAACAAAGAAUCCGGAUCAACGAAUCACGAGACUGGUGUACUCAGACGCAACCCCAUGUUGGUCCGCAGUCGAUCGAACAGUCCAGACUUCGUCGAUUGUCCUGAUGUGCCGCCCUUAGUGUAA